UUCAGAUAGCCUAACGAUAAAAUUACUUUGGUGAACGAGGGAUAAUAAGUCAUGGAGAUUGCACCACUGCUGGCGUCCGCCAUACUUACAUUGGUCGAAGCUAUUCAAGAAACUUCUUAUUCUUACGCUUUCAUACCUGUAGCGGUGGAACAACUUCUUGCAAUUGGCGUGGCAUCGAAGAACUACUCUGACGUGAACGUCAUCCUCUGCUCACAACUGGCUGCUCUGGACGGCAUCGCCUACCCAACUCUGUGCGUGCACAGCACCAGCGGGCAGUGCCUGCUGCUGAACUCCACGUACCCGGCCUUGUUCAACCGAACUUAUUCACGAUCCAGGGAUUACAACUGCUACAUUGGUCAAGAGUAUAAGCGUUCAAAAGUCGUAGCCAUACCCUGCCCGGCCACCUUCGACUGGGUUGAGGACGUCGGUUGCGUGGUUGUGGUGAAGACCGCAGUGACGUACGACGUCGCUCAGGCCUCGUGCCCUGGAGGCUCCCAGCUCGUCUCUCUCUACGCUGACAACUUCCAGAAGCUCGCUGGCUACGUCUAUCGAACGUCAUUCGUACCGUCUGGCAAGAGUAGUGAUUUGUACCACGUGGGGGUUCACCGCUACAACCUCGUGUGGACUUGGCGUACCGGCCAAGUCAUGUCCGGCGUGCCCGGCACGGCGCCUUGAGGAUCUCUUGACCCCAACGAUAACUCGGACUGUGCGGCCAUCAUGUACGUUGGGACAUCACCGGCCGUCCUGGUUGACACGUCAUGUGCCAAUCAGAGAUUCUAUGUCUGUGCACUACAGUGAUGACAGACCGGUGCGAUAGUCAAGUAAUAUAAUGCAGUACCGUAAUAACAGAUAUAGAGUAAACCUAUAUAAUGACAGAUAUAAUUUUGAAAUACUAACCAACACAAUAGCGAUGUAAUAGCAGGAUCGUUAGUACAGGGAUCAGUUGUGCGGGAGUGGUUUAAAGACCUGUAACAAAUUCGGUGGAUCAUUUGUAACCUAUUUUCAUGAUGAAGUUAGUCCGUAUAACUGAUUCAGUAAUUCACAAUUAAUAUGCACAGAGAUGCAUUGAUAGUACAUGUAAUGAAGCAGUAGUGGGCGACAUGAUUUGAGUGACGACAGUUGAAAUGUAGGGACCAUCGAUUAAAAUAAUUGAAACAAAAUUUAGUGGCAUUCAAAGCUAUUUUUUUAUGCAUUUUCUGGUCUUCGGUAGUUGCCGUAGCAGCUAGGGAAAAAUAACAGACUGUGAUGCAUCAAAGGCCAGAAAUAAAAUGAUGCAACCGCAAUGAUAAAUGCGCUGUGCAACAAUUACUGCCACCAUGACGCAAUGGUAUCUCCAUGUCUCGCACAUUUGAACAAUAAUGACGCAGCCGUAACAUCAAGUACAAUGAUGCAGUUAAAAAGUAUUGAUAUUUCAAUGAGGGCCGAUACAUUGUUUUAAUUAUUAACAGGCAGUGUGAAAACCAGAUAUAAAAGAGCAGCAUCGGCAGGUAUUGGCUUUACAUGCAUCUUGGCUUUUCCUUCCGUGUUAAUUAAUAACGACUCUGAGUAUAAAUGCUCAUGAAUUCUUUUCCGAAACUUUUGUAAAAAAUCCUGGUCCGCAAUAAAAAACAUUUUCUGCGGGAAUAGAUCUUUCUGCACGAAGCAUUCAGAAUUUUUUAAAAAGUAUAACCGUUAUAUAAUAUGAUCAUUAAAUAUAAUAAAACGAUUACAAAAAACCAUUUAUGUAUUUUCUUCGAGCAUUUAACUGGAGUUUGCAGGCAUUUGGAACCGCAGCGAGGGUGAUCUCUGGUUACAGGCAGAGGUGGGCAGUAGCGCGCUACGUGUAGCGGUAGCGCCCACUACAAU